UCCUUGGUCCAUUGAGAAUCAUAUCGGUGCUUCCUGGAUCUCACCGGGAACAUGCAGUGCCGCUGUCACUACUUUAGGACCGGCGACUCAGACGCGGAUGGCAGCUGCACUACCGGCCGGCAACGCGCCUCCCAGAUGAAGCCAUAGACUUUACGGAGCCGUCGCUCAGCAUGGGCACCGAGAGCGAGAGCGAGAGCAUGCUGCAUCUUGCAGCGGAAGCCUUCCAGUCGAAAAACUUCGACUUGGCCGCCGACAUUUACGAGUGCCAGCUAGCGUGUCUCGGGGACACCGGGAUGCGGCUGGAGCUGAUGGUGAAGCGGGCUGACUCGCUGGCGUUCGGGGGCAAAAUGACCGAAGCCUUCGAGGUGUACCGGCAAGCCUCUGAGAUAGAGAAACUCGGACCCGUUCAGCUGGCCAACCUCUUAGAGUACCUGUCGGGCAGUGUGAGACGACAAGACCGGGGAGAGAGUCCACCCUCCGGCCCGGGGACGGGAGAGGAGGCGAGGGCGGGAAGGGAGCCGGGAUGCCCGCGCGACGGUGCCACAGGUGGCCGGCACGAGGAAUUCACCUGCGGAAUUUGCCUCGGCUUUCUGUUCGAGCCCGUGACUCUGCCGUGCGGACACUGCUUCUGUAAAAAAUGCCUGGAGAGGAAGGACAAGGAGCGGCCGGCGACGUGCAAGGAGUGCCGGGACAGCUCCGGGGUGGCUGGCGGACAGAGCUACCGGGUGAACGUGGUCCUCUGCAACCUGCUGGCCAAGUGGUUCCCGGCUCUGCACCGGGCCGGCCGGCUGAGGCGGGAGGGCAACGGGCUGUACGCCGAGAGGAAAAUGGAAGCUGCUCUAGAGAAAUACAACCAAGCCAUACUGAUAGCACCCACAGACCACAUACUGUUCAGUAACCGCUCCCAGAUCCACUCCAGUCUGAAGCACUUCGAAAAGGCUCUGAGGGAUGCCGAGACUGCGUGCAGACUCACGCCUCUCUGGUCCAAGGGUCAUGUUCGUAAGGCCCAGGCUCUGGUGUCGCUGGGCAGAGCAGAGGAAGGUCUGAGGGAGUACCUGGUCUGUUUGUCCAUCGAGCCGGACUGUAGACUGGCCAGGAAUGAGGCUCACAAGCUCCUCAGUGAUCUUCUGGCUCCGGUCACUGAUCAGGUCCCUGAACACAUCUCCGAUUGCUCCAGCAUACUGUCUUCCAGAGUCCACAUCAAAGGCAGCAUCGGUGCUACCCUCCAGACCCGCGGUCCCAGCUCAUUGUUAUUAGAAUCCGAUUUGGCCACUUUGCUGCCUGAGGUUGAGACGUCAGAAGGGCGAUUUGGGAAGGGGGAGAGCCCGAGAGUCAGCCACUGCCUCCUCCUCAAACGGAAGCGGAGAAGUUCUGAGGGAGACGAUGAGCGACUGGAAAGGAAUGACGAUCAAAAGAAACUCAAAUCUGAGUCCGAUUUGAGCUCCGGAGCCAGUGGAAUCUUAGACCCAACGGAUCUGGAAUGUUCUCUAUGUAUGAGACUCUUCUACGAGCCGGUGACGACACCGUGCGGUCACACGUUCUGCCUCCGGUGUCUGGAGAGAUGUCUGGACCACAACCCAAAGUGUCCACUCUGCAAAGAAGAGCUGUCCGAGUACCUGGUCCAGAGACAGUACAGCAAGACGGUACUGAUGGAGAAGCUGAUCUCUAAGUAUCUCCCCUCUGAACUCUUGGAACGACAGAGAAUCCACCAAGAAGAGAUGGCCGAGCUCUCCAACCUUAACAAGAAUGUGCCUAUAUUCGUGUGCACCAUGGCUUUCCCCACCGUGCCGUGCCCCCUCCAUAUCUUCGAGCCCUGCUACAGACUGAUGAUUCGCCGAUGCAUGGAGACCGGAACCAACUGCUUUGGCAUGUGUCUGGAGGACGACCUCAAAGGGUUCGCGGACUACGGCUGUCUGCUGGAGAUUCGCGAUGUGAAGUUCUUCUCGGAUGGCCGUUCGGUGGUGGACACAAUCGGCAGACGGAGGUUUAAGGUCGUUCAGCACAGCGAGAGGGACGGAUACAACACCGCUGAUAUCGAGUACCUGGAGGAUGUGACGGUGGAGGGGGUAGCACAGCGCGAGCUGCAGUCUCUGCACGAUACGGUAUACGACCAGGCUCUGGUCUGGGUCAACUCUCUGAAAACUGAGCAGAAGGCGCGGAUCGAAGGACAUUUCGGACCCAUGCCAGGGAAGGACUUGGAGCUUCAGGCCAGUCCCAACGGGCCGUCGUGGUGCUGGUGGCUGCUGGCCGUCCUGCCGCUGGAGGGCAGGGCCCAGCUGCCCUUCCUGGCCCUCACCUCUCUGCGCGACCGCCUCAGCGGCAUCCGCAAGGUGCUGCUCUUCAUGGCGCACAGCAGGCACCGGUGACGGAGCGCCCCGUCUUCCAGUCAACGCACGCACAAAGGAGCCCCCCUGCCACGACUGUAGCACGGUUUCCCCCCCCCGCACGUCCACGGCAAACCGCAGAAGGGAACAGAAACAGAUGACGACGAUUCGGAACGGACAAACGUUGCUCUCUGUUUAAAAAAAAAAAAGAAAAGA